AUGGAAGAAGAAGCACCUAAAUUGGAGCGGUGUCCCUCUGAGGCUUCGAGCAUAUCAGCAGAAGGUGAUAACUACUUGAAGAAUAUUAAAUCUUAUUUUGAUAGCAAAGGCUUAGCCGAUAAGUCGUCAUCUUCUUCUUCUAGGGCUUUUGUUGAUCUCAAACUCGCAAAUAAUAGUAUUAUAGAAGAUGACAAGAAAAUAGAACUCAAUCUAUUUAACGCAGAAGGGGCAACUUCAUCUGAUGAUCAGGCAAUUAGUGAUCAUGAGUCGUCCAAGGAUGACACGACGACUAUUAGAGAAAAAUCUAGGGUUUUCUCUUGCAACUAUUGCAAGAGAGAAUUCUCAACCUCUCAAGCCCUAGGAGGGCACCAAAAUGCCCACAAACAGGAGCGGCAGAUGGCCAAAAGGCGACAAUUGGAGGUUUCAUCACCUUAUGGCCAUCUAUUGAUGCCACCGCCACCUUAUGGUAAUUAUUAUUCCAACUACCCUUUUUCUUCGUUCAAUCACGCCUCGCCCAAUAGAUCAUCGUUAUUUGGGAAUACUAGGAAUAAUGAAUCAUUCUUCCAAAGUACUCGACCGGCUCCUUGGGCAACUUCAUCAUCAUCUUUGAAUUAUCGGUUUUCCUCUAUAGCCAAUCAUAAUGACCAAUUCACGCCCGGAUUAUCAUAUUUUGAUAGACCAAAUAAGACUUUGGAGAGUUUUCAAGGAAACAUCACUUCGAACAAUAAUAACGGUGUUGGUGGUUUUGGAUCUUCCUCUUCUGCUACUAAGUUUGAAGAGGGCACAGGAGGAGGAGCUGUUCAUGAUUUUUUCGCAGUUCCUUCUGUUAAUAGUAAUGGCAAUCCAAAUGCUCUAUUAACUGUCAGCAAUGGAAUCGAGUCAGAAAAUUGUGCCAAUAAUCUGUUGGCUAAUAAUAUAGGUGGUGUGGUUCGUCCCCAAGAUGAUCAAGCUGAUGGUGGUCUACUUGACUUAAAUCUCAAGCUUUAA